AUGUGGAUUUUCGGAAGGAAAGGAGAAUCAGGAUUUUCAUCUUCUUCAACAGCAGAGGAAGUUACCCACGGAGUUGAUGGAUCUCGUCUCACCGCCAUUGUUACUGGAGCUACGAGUGGUAUUGGGGCUGAGACUGCACGUGUCCUUGCUUUGCGUGGUGUACAUGUAGUGAUGGCAGUAAGAAACAUAAAAUCCGGUAAACAAGUUAGAGAAACUAUACUUACAGAAACACCUAUUGCUAAAGUCGAUGUAAUGGAGCUCGAUCUCAGCUCUCAGGCAUCUGUGGUGUUGGCGGAGGUGGAGUUGGCAGAGGCGGAGUUGGCGUGGGCUGUGGCGAUGAUGCAUCAUCAGAUGAGUCAUGAAAUUCAAAAUCCUCAUUUACAUGAGAAGAUAAAGGUGCGUGGGCUUGAUCAUCAGGACAUAUAA